AUGAAAGGUAUCUACAGAUCUGUCCUGAGCGGCCACGUAUCGGCCUCUUUAUCUGGUCGUUCUUAUUUGUCAACAUCAACAAGUGUCCUAAACAGAUUCACUGUACAACUGAUACCCAAUGGACGACAUUGGAGUUCACAAGCUGAUGCAACUGUGAGAGAUCUAAGGCAUGAUCUAGAUGCCCUCAAUCAAUUCACUUCAGGGCGAUGGCUUUGGGGGGAACGAGAACAGCUUGCGGCGCGUUACAUCAAAUUCGACUUACAGAAGCUCUGCCAACUUGCCACCAGUUCAGUUGGCUCGGAUUCUUGUGCGAAAGUCAUGAAGAUUUCUGAGGGUCAAUACAAUAAAGUUUUAUCGUUGACCACGGAUGACGGGAUAGAGGUUAUCGCGAAACUGCCAAACCCUAACGCCGGGCGACCCCACUUCACCACGGCGAGUGAGGUGGCCACCAUGAACUUCCUGAGAAGUGCUGAUCUCCCGAUUCCUAAGAUCUAUGCGUGGAACUCUAGACUAGUAGACAAUCCUGUUGGAGCCGAAUACAUCAUCAUGGAAAAGCAACCUGGUAUCAUGUUGGACGAUGUGUGGGAUGGUAUGGAGGGUUCUCAAAAGGCACAAACUCUGAAGCAGGUCAUUGAGAUCGAGAAAAAGCUUGCUUCGAUCAAAUUCACCAAAAUUGGGAGUUUGUAUUAUAAGCAAGACCUGCCUCAAUCUGACAGCACUACCCCGCUGUACAUUGAUGGAGACGGUAACACAGUACACAGCGCCGAAUUCGAGAUUGGACCGACCAACCAUCGAUCCUUCUUUGAUUUUGGAAAAGGUGUAUUAGAUAUCGAUCGUGGACCCUGGUCUACACUCGAGGAGUACGUCGCCGCGGUUGCGUAUAGAGAGAUCGCCUGUGCUGAGAAAGGACUCAAAUACCCUAGAAUGCCCGAAGGACUCUUUUACGGACCAAGACAAUACCAACCUCGUACGUCGACAAAGAUGUCCGCUCUGACCAACUAUUUGAAGGUAGCUGCAGAUGUCCUACCAGAGGAAGAAGUAACCCAUGCCGCUGUUCUUUGGCAUGGCGAUUUGCAUGCGCAGAAUAUCUUUGUCGACCCAGAAAACCCGGCUCGAAUCAUUGGAAUCAUUGACUGGCAAACCACCAGCGCAUCCCCGCUUUUCUUGCAAGUUACCCGCCCUGGCUUUCUGGAUUUCAAUGGCCCAAUCCCAGGGGAUCUGGGCAAGGUCAGCCUCCCCGAAAACUUCGAUACAUUGCCUCCGGAUGAACAACACAAAGCAAAGGCAUUGCAACAAGCUCAGACACUCCACAAUCUCUACAUGGCCCUAUGUUAUCAACAAAACCCUCAAGUGUUCCUGGCCAUGCAACAGAAAGACAGUCUACGUCACCAGGUUACCGUUGUGCCAGGCACGGUUCUAAUGGACUACGAGCCGUACCUCAAUCACCUCUUGAGGGAUGUCGAGAAAGAAUGGCCAAAGAUCGUGGGUGAAGGAUCCGACGGGCAUCCCUUGAAGCCGUGCCCACUCCACUUUUCGGCCGCCGAGGUUGAGCAGCAGGAAAAGGAUGAGGAGCUGUGGGCUCAAGGGGUCGAGCUGAUGGACGACUUUAUCGCUAACGUAGGAGGGUUCAAACACUGGGAUGGCAGGGUCAGUAAUGAGGAUUAUGAGACUAUAAGAGAACAAUUGGCUAGUGGCAUUGAGCAAUUUUUGGAUCGCGAAGCUAGAAGUGCGGAAGAGCGGGAUGCAUGGCUGAAGGCAUUGCCGUUCGUCGAUCACGAGUAA